AUGGCCUCUCACCCAGGGGAUGUAGCAUUGCCAGGUGGGAAAAUGGAGGAAGGAGAUGUAGAUGACUCUGCUACUGCGUUGAGAGAAGCCAUGGAAGAGAUUGGCUUGGAGCCCAAUUUGGUUCAAGAUUAUGUGCCCAUUGUGUUCGACAGCUUUUGUGCUAAUGUCGUGGUUGAUGGGUGUACUAGUAACCUUGGACUAUGGGACAUUAAUGAUUGUCCGAAUCCCAUCAACAUUGAGACCAUAGAUGCCGAAACUGCAAUUUGUAAAUGUCUUGAAAUUUGCUUCAAGUUGGUGUCACCGAGUCUCAUGCCGAAGCUUGGAAAAGCAGGUAGCUUGCAGAGUAGGCAGGCCAUUGUGCAUAGUCUUGUGCACACUGAGAGCUGGGCUAUUGACUUGUCUUGGGAUAUAAUAGCUCGCUUUGGUAAGCAAGCUGCAAUGCCAAAAGACUUCUUCACCGAUUUUGUUAAGGAUGCUCAAGAUGAGGGCCGACACUUCACUCUCCUUGCAAAACGGCUAGAGGAGCUGGGUUCUUUUUAUGGAGCAUUACCAGCUCACGACGGCCUCUGGGACUCUGCUACUGGCAUUGAAGAAAUGGAGCCAUAGUUACAAAUCAUGCAACUUGGUUCAGGAUUUUUGGGAUGAAUCGAUCCUAUCUACCAUUUGUGGAGAUGGCUCCAUUUUCUUGAACUUCUCCAAAUAUUUAUCCUAUCACCGGUCUUGUACAUAGUGUGGGCUCAUUUAGUUUUAAUGCAACACUGGAGUACACCCUUUCUCUAUGUUGUUCAAAUGUUCCAUCAGUGAAUGAU